AUGGUCGCGCAGACAUGCCUAGCAUCGACCGAAAUCAUCUGUCACCGACUCCACGUCAACCCUGCCUGCACGCCAGGGGUGCAGAGAGACGUAACUACACCCGAGCGAGUCAUUAUCAUCGAAGCCGAGAUUGACAAACUCCUAGCUGUCGGCUUCAUCGAAGAGGUCUCCUACUCAGACUGGCUUGCCAACGUUGUUCUGGUGGCAAAACAAGAGAAAGGCAAGUGGAGAGUCUGUGUUGAUUACACUGACUCAACAAAGCUUGCCGAAAGACAACUUCCAUUGCCGAGAAUCGACCAACUCGUGGAUUUCACUUCUGGCAAUCAGGUGCUCAGCUUCAUGGACGCUUACUCCGGCUAUAACCAAAUCUUGAUGCACGAUGAUGACAAGGAGAAAAACUUCUUUCAUCAUCGAGAGAGGGACCUAACUGUUACAAGGCCCUUUGGAUGA